GUUUAUACAUGGUGUGUAAUACAAUGCCGUCUUUAAUUACGUAUGAAGCAUGUAUAGGCAGGAUUGUUUAUUUAACAGUAAGAGAUACAAAUCUAAUACUUUACGAAAUGUAAAGGUAAAGUCCCCAAGAAAUGUAUACAUCAUACCACUACAAGGAUUAAUUCAAUCUAAAAUGACUUCUUAAUACAGUGUAGAUUAAUAUGAGUACAUCCAGAUUCAAAAUGAUAACGUUGAACUACUAGUGGUGGUUCCUUUUUAUAACCUUCCUUGUUGGUGCAGCCCAGCCUUCAUAGCUACUUUAAUAACCGUAGAUGAUCAGUCUUAUAAAGAUAAAAAAUUCGUCUCAUCCUCUUGGAAGAACCAUGACAUACGCUGGCUUUAAAAAGAAUGCAGAAAGUUUGAGUGUAGCUGGAAACAUUUCUUCAUCAGAAUGAGGUGAGACGUGCUAUUUAAAACCCAAGAGCUUGGUUUAGCAUGAGUGACACUUUAUAAUAGUGAAUACCAUUUUAGGUCCUGCAGCAAGGUAGGUUGAAUGAUGCCCAAAAUCAAACAAUAUGAAUUUAAAAAGCAAGAUCAUUUAUUUAUAUCAUCAUCUUCUUGCUGUAACACAUCUGGAUCAGGCACGAAGGAAGACAACUCCAAAAAGAGUCUGUUUGCAUUUAUUGGUUCCUGCACAGAAAACAAUCACACAAUUUGUCUUCUGAUACUGCUUUCUGCACGUCUCGUUAACGUCUCAAACAUUAGAAAUGAUAAACAUGUACCCUCAAUUGUAUAGCACAUGGUGGGGUGGUUAGCACUGUUGCAUCACAGGACAAAGGUCUGGGUUCAACCCCGCCUGGCACCUUUCUGGGUGGAGUGCACAUUCUCUCUGAACUGGUUGGCUGGGAUUGAUACUCCUUCCUCACUCAGUCAAAAAAAGAAAGGAUCGGUUCAUUCAGUGGUUGCCAAACUCGGAGUUCUGCCCCCUAGGGGCAGUAACAUACACUGUGUUCCAACCCCAGAGAGAGCUAUGCAGUAGGGCCGACUCGCACCAAUAAAUAGUAAAAAUAAAUAAAGUCAGCAGAUGUUAGAACAUGCAGAUGAAAGCAUUUAAAUAGCUAUAAAAUAAACAAUAAGACAGGUGCAUCUAGCGAUAACAUGUCUAUAUUGAGUCACUUUAGCCCAAUUCAUGUUUGGAGGUCUCAGCCUGUCCCCUGUCUCCCCGAUGGGCCCCUCUAGUUCUUUGGGUUCCUUAGGAUCAUCCACACCCCUCCUUAAUGAAAAGCUCUUAGCUCUUUAUGUGCGUCUGAUUGAACCACUUCUUACCAUUAAUAUCCAAGCUGCAUUUUAUUUUUAUUUUACGGUUUUGGAAAAGGCAGUAAGUAAAUAAGUUGUCGACAUUCUGGACAGCUAUGACAUCUUGAUGAAUUCCAGUUUUGUAGUUGUAGACCCAGUGCUACAACGCAUCUCUGCUCAUUUGAAAGCAGCUUUCCACACCAUUGACCACUGUGGUCUCCGUACAGGCUGCCCUUAACUAGUUGCCUGUGAUUGGUCCUUACGUCUCCUCAUACACACUAUAUGUAUAGAAAAAAAUAUAUAAAACGGUACUUUGACCAUUAUCAGAAAAGUUUGAUUGUACAGAUAACUGCAGGGAGUUUAUUUUUUUUUGUCUAAAAGGUUUGCUACCUAAAAAUCUAUACCAGGAGGAUGCUGACAUUUUGUUUCUCAGAGUUACCAAAUAGCCUGUUGCUUACACCCUAUGCAUGUACAUUCUGAGCACUGAAGCAGAUUUAUGAUGCAGAAAGAGUGUGAUUGUGAUAGUAUGAAUAUUAAAUGUCCAAGAGACUUCAGUCAAUGUGUGUCUGUCUGUGUAGGAUGGACGGUGUCCCUCUGAAGAUGCCAGAGGGUGCCUCACAUGAAGUCAUAAAAGAAGUGGUAAAAAAAGAAGUAAUUGUGCCUGAUUAUCUCACCAGACUGCAGGAAACAGAGUAUGAGUUCAGCCUGGAAAACUGGGUGCUGACCGGACUGCAGAGUGGCUUCACCAGCCAGCAUCCGCCCACCUCCUCCUCAUCAGGACUGCAGCCAUCUUGUCCUCCGUACUGGAUGAUGUUCAGCAGCCCACAGCAGAGUCGCUUAGCCAGCCGCCACUGCUCCGACUUCUGGGAGCCCCCUCCUCGACAGCGCUCCCACAGCCUCAAUCCCGCGGUCCUGCGCACUGAAGGGCCCGUCUCUGACUCAGAGGAUGAGGCCUCAGAGAAAGACAAGAUAUAUUUUUCAGUGAAAGCCUGCUCUGGUCAAAGGAAAGCACAGAGAGCCUUUGUCCCAGACCUCCUGAACCCUCCUGCCUGCCUCAGCAGCCUGCCCCACCAGCGCAGGAAGAACCUGCGACAGUGCUCCCUGUCAGUGCUGGAAACGUCCCAAGACCACGGCCCCAACACAGACAGCCCGAUUUCAAACUGGACCCCCAUCAGCCGAGCCCUCAACAUCAGAGCCAAUACAGUUGAUAGGCUUCCCAGCACCAACAACCACAGCACAACACACAUGAAGUCAUCCGCUUUGGACUCGUCAGCAGAGCUCCUGUCAGCUCUGAGCCCAGAAGAGAGAGAGCUACUGGGGGCCAUCACUGACCAGGGUUACCCCCUUCGCACCGCCAUCAUUGCCCUGCAGAAGACUGGGCAGCAGACCCCAGAUCAAAUCUUGAGUUACCUGGUGGCUUGUGACCGUCUAUGCCAGCUGGGUUAUGAUGUGGCUUUGGUUGAAGAAGCUCUGGAGAUGUUUCAGAACUGUGAAACAAAGGCAGAGGAGUUCCUCCAUCUGCUGGGUCAGUUCAAUGAGAUGGGCUUCCAGCAGAACGCCAUCAAAGAAGUGCUGCUGGUCCAUGAAAACCACCGUGAGCGAGCCCUAGAGGAGCUGAUGAUGCGUGUGGCCUAAUGGAAGAUCAAACACACGCAUGCACACACACACCAUUACCUUGCAAUGUAUUAUUUCUGGUUGCUAUUAUUUUCUUAGUUACAGGGAGAAGAACUACUACUGUUUUCUAUUCAGUUAUUGUAGCUGAAGAUGGAUGUGGCCUUCACCCAGGAAAAUUCAAUUGUUGAUUAUGUAUGUGAAUAGUAAAUUACUAAUAGUACUAUAUAUGUAGUAUACAUUAUUUAUAAUAUGUAUGAUGAUUAUGGUGGUGAUAUUGAUGAUUCCAAUGAUAUUGGUGAUCAUGAUGAUGAAGGUAGUGAUGUUAAAGAUCAUGAUGAGGAUUGUGGUCUUGAUGAAGUUGGGGAAGAUUUUAUUCAACUGUUCAGCUUUCUUCCGUCUUUCCUAAAAUUAUUCUGUCUGGGAAACUGCCCUUGAACUUGUUUUCUAUGAAAACACCAGCAGUGUCCAUCAGGGACUGGUUUGUACAAACAGAAACUCAAUGUUAUCAAAUCAUUGCUGUGUGAUUUGUAGAUACUAUAAUAUUCCCACUAAGAUGUCAAGCAGUUGUUUAGUUUAGCAUGUUAUAUAAAGAUUUACCCCUGAUUCUAUAAUAUUGUAAGAAUACAGUGCACUAAUUGUAAUUGAAGAAGGAAGAUAAAACUGUAAACUUACAGCAGA